AGAGGGAAGCGCGUGGACAAGUUAUGACAGCCAUGCUAAGUCCAAAGAUCAGACAGACCCGCCGAGCCAGGUCCAAGAGCAUGGUGAUGGGCGACGUAUCACGGGGCCCAUGUCGGCCAGGCUCUCCAGGCCUCCAGGAGGGGGCGCUUAAGGCCGGUUGGCUCAAGAAGCAGCGCAGUAUCAUGAAGAACUGGCAGCUAAGGUGGUUUGUACUACGGUCUGAUCAUCUCUACUUCUUCAAGGACGAGGAAGAGACCAAACCACAAGGAUUCAUACCUCUACAAGGUUGCCAGGUGAAUGAACUGAACGCCAAUCCAGACGAAGCAGGCAGACACCUUUUUGAGAUAGUACCAGGUGGAAGUGGAGAGAAAGACAGGACGCCGAUCAGUCAUGAAUCCUUCCUGCUUAUGGCCAACUCUCAGAAUGACAUGGACGACUGGGUCAAGGCCAUCCGCAGGGUCAUCUGGGCUCCAUUUGGGGGAGGGAUCUUUGGCCAGCGUCUGGAGGACACGGUGCAGUAUGAGAAGAAGUUCGGGCCCCGACUGGCUCCUCUGCUGGUGGAGCAGUGUGUGGACUUCAUAAGGGAGAGGGGGCUAGAUGAGGAGGGGCUCUUCAGGAUGCCAGGACAGGCCAAUCUGGUCAAAGAUCUGCAGGAGGCUUUUGACUGCGGAGACAAGCCACUGUUUGACUGUAACACAGAUGUCCACACUGUGGCGUCCUUGCUGAAGCUGUAUCUGCGAGAGCUGCCUGAGCCUGUCAUUCCUUUCUCCAAAUAUGAAGACUUCCUCACGUGUGCACAGCUGUUGGCCAAAGAUGAGGAGGAGGGUAUCCAGGAGCUUGGGAAACAAGUCAGUAAUCUACCUCUGCCCAACUUCAAUCUGCUUAAGUACAUAUGCAAGUUCCUUGAUGAGGUGCAGUCUCAUUGUAACGAGAACAAGAUGAGUGUCCAGAACCUUGCCACAGUAUUUGGACCAAACAUCCUUCGACCCAAGCUGGAGGACCCUGUCACCAUCAUGGAAGGCACGUCUCUGGUCCAACACCUGAUGACUGUCUUGAUCCGGGAGCACAAACGCUUGUACUCAGGGAGAGAACAGGAGUCCCUCACCAUCCCACCUAUCAACACAGACCUCCCUCCUCACCAGCUCCACCAUCGCAGCUUAGGAGCCUGGAUCUCCGAAGAGGACCUCCACAACUGUCCCGUGUCCAGCCUUCCUGACCAGGACUGCCAGAGUGAGGCUUCCUCUUUAGACGCCAAGCUGUGUGCCGCCGUAACCCCCGUACAAACCCCCAACCCGGGUCCAAAAAUCAGCAAGGGCGAGACGGUGAUCAGCCCGAGCAAACAAGCCAAAACUAUGCCAUCUUGGAAGUAUUCGUUCAAAAGUUCAUCAGCUCCUCGCGCGCAACCUCAAGCUAAAUCAGCAUCAGUGGCAGAUGCAAGCAGCGUAUCUUCUGGAGGAGGAGGUAGUGGAGGGAACUGGUUGAUGAACGGACUGUCUUCUCUAAGAGGUCACCGGAGAACUUCUUCUGGAGAACGUUCGACGCGAGAUCGGGAUUCUACGGGUUCUUCGCAAAGACUCUCUACUUAUGACAAUGUAACGUCGUCUUCAAGUAUGGGCAGCGUUCCCAGUGUAGCAAGCACUCCCUGGUCUACCUCGUCAUGCGAAAUUUCCAUGCCGGAUUCCGGAAGCAGCGAUCCAUCAGGGGGAGUGAGCGUUGGGAUUGUGAGCGGGAAUGGAGAGAAAGGGGAUUGGAUGGACAGUCAAAGGGAGAUGGAUAAUCCGAGCUCGGAGCCGGACAGUUGUGAGGCCAUGGAACUGUGCAGUAGCAGUGCCCCCUGCAGUGAGAAUGGGAAUACAGUGGGGGGAGCUCCAGUACCGUCCAUAAUUAUGUCUGAGGAGGGGGAGGAGGUGAACAGUACACUCAGCAGUCUGGUGGAGGGGCUCAAGGAGGAGCUGAGGAAACAGAGGGCCAACUAUGAGGCACGCAUCCAAAAGUUGGAGGAGUCCAGUGCAGCUCUUUGUUCCCAAAUGGAGCUUUUGGAACAGGAGAUGGAACAAGAACGCAAGAAGCAACGCAUGCUCGAGAUCAAACUGCGCAACUCGGAGCGCGCACGGGAGGACGCCGAGAACCGCAACCGCCUCCUGGAGAAGGAGAUGGAGGACUUUUUCCUCACACUGGGUGACCUGGCCCUGGGCGCGAGGACUAGUGACAUUUAACAGACUCGGCCCUGGAGGCGUAUAGCAGGGUGUAUAUUCCAUUUGAGAAUCAGGGCAUUCCUUUAUAAAGACACUAUGUGCACGCUCAAUAUGAAGAAAGUGAUCUGGGCAAAACGUUUCCCGUGGUGCAGUGCUUCAGUUGCACAGCACUACUUAAAGACAUGUCUUUUUGAUUGGAUUAGCAGCAUUUAUCCCCAGGUUUGUCUAGUCAAAUCUGUAUGAACCUUUUUCCACCACUUGCAAUGAUGUGAAUACACUGUGUGAAUAGCUGUUGUGUUGGAUGCAAGUGAAUGGCAUUUAGUACCUCGCUUGGCUCAUCUUAACACUUUUUUUUUUUUUUUUUCGUUGGGGUUAAAUAUGUGGUACAUAAUAAGAAACAAUCGGCUAAGUAUGUGUGUCAGAUAAAAUUACAAAAUUAAACAAAAGUCUAAUUAUGCAUUAUAAACAAAGCAACAUGUUAUUGUACAUACCUUAAUAUGAGACAGGGCUUCAAUCGGGAAUCAAAUUAACUGCUGCCAAUAAUAUGCAAGAACACUGAGAAACAAGUGUCUAGUUAAAAAAAAAACAAAAAAAACAUUUGCAAUAUUAUUUUACUUUUUUACCGCAUUGAAGAACCAUGUGCAACCAUACUUAACAGUUCUGGCACUGUUCCUCUGUCACCUAUUAAAACAAAACAAAGUAUUAUGUAUCUCGUCAUAACACCCAUAAUCAGAGUGAAUUGUAUUCUGGUGUAUAAGUAUUGAUUAUACCUUAACCCCUAAAUCCUUUUCAGGGGAUUCAACUUCCUAUAUGCCAUAUUUGAGGACUUUUUACCUUUCAAGAGCUUCAUUUGUUCUAAAAAGUUAAAGGUACUAUAUGUAAGGUUUUGAUUUUAAAUUCCAUAAACAUUAACCUAUCUCUGUCCCCAGAUAUGAGGUAGACAUGUAUAUACUAAAAAUGUGUAUAUGUCCUCUAUCUGGAGGGUACGGUUACUUUCAACCCAUGAAACCUACGGAUAGCAACUUCAACACCCGUCAGCUGUUACCUGUAAGAUGUGCUUGCUUGUAGAUUUUUUUUUCUAAAUUGUGAUUGUACAGUAUUCAACCAGACCUUAUUUCACCGUAAGCAUUUAAUGAGAUCACUUCUCCGGCUUGUAGUGCCUCUUUCAACACGUCCACAUCAACAUUCAUAAUUUCCUGUUCCCUGAUGCCAAAAACUUUCAUGUAAAACCACUUGUCAGAAGACUCAAAAUACACUUUCUAUACCAAAGCAGGACCGCCUCAGCUGUUCUCUCCCACUUUAACCUGGACACCAUGUUGACUUUGGCACACCACUGCUGACCACUGCCCUCAAAAACAAUGGAGUUUCCUGGUCGUGCCUUUCUGGGAAGUGUUUUAAAUAGGAAAAGUAGUGUUGUUAAUCUGCCGCAAACUCAAGCCAUGUAUAGAGUGUAUUUGUCCACAAGAGUUCAGACAGUGGUUGCAUUGUUUUCAUGUUUUAAUAUGAAGAAGCAAGGACUGUGGCAUGAGCGGUAGAACAUUUUGAGAAUUGUGAAAUUGAAUGGAAGUUUUAAAAUUGGAAUAUGUCAUUGAAGUGAAUGUAAUGUGUUAUUGAUGAAACUAGUCCUACAAAAAGAAUAUAGGGAAAUGUUUUUUACUGCACUGCUCAGGUUUGCUCCAGCAGUCAAGAUAGAACUUUUCUGGUGAGGGAUCUGCCACCUCCCUGUGUCCAGGGACAUGUUAUAGCUUUGCCUAGAAUAUGACAUAGUAUAGCAUGUGUUUUUAUGGCUUAAAGUCAUGGGCCGCCUUUCUGACUUAUAACUUGUCCUUGGAAAUACAUAAGUUCCAGACAUUCCAGACAAAUCAAAGGUACAUCUUCAUGUACCUAAGUAGGAAGUGGACCUUCCGCCACAAAGUUACAUAAAAGACCUUUAAUAUAUUUCAUAUUUGGCCUUGCAUGAUCAAAAUGGGGUUUAAAAAGCUGAUGUAAAAAUAUUUAAGCUAAAAAUCAGUUUUCAAUGAACUUUUUAUGCUUUUAAGGAUACAAACUGGUACAUGCAUCUCGGUUUCAAAGUACCCACUUACAAAUACACUCAAAUUUAUUCACAGAUGCAUAUUAUAGCUGCCUACAUUUUGAAGCAAAUUUCUACCUAGAUUUUAGGAUUUUAUGUUUCCAGCGUGCAAGUAGACCUCUAACAUAAGUCCUACUUAGUACCCUUAUAAGUGACUCUAAACUGGUGGACCUUUUCUCAAUUUCUCUUUAAAAUUAACAAACCUUUUUUUAGAACACACAAGUAUUAGGAGUCAUUUUAUAAUACUUGUAUUUAACCACUGCAGCCACACCACUAACAAUGUCUUCACUAAUGUGUCUUACUGCAUUGCUGAUCUGUGGUGCUUAUUUAUUAUUUAUUACACUGUACUGAAUGGACAUACGAGAAUAAAGUUGACGAU